UUGACAGCGAGCUUUUUUUUUUCAACUUUUAAAUUUGAUUGAAUGCCAAGGUACUGGCUAUGCAGUGUAUGCACAUACAUUUCCGUUUUCAUUACUUUGUAAUAUUUUAUAUCCCAUGUGACCAUCCUCCCCUUGCUAUGUCCUCCCAUUUUGUUUUCUCACUCUUUUUCUCUUCCAACUUUUUUCUGCUUCAGAGUCACUCACCUUGAGCCUCAACUGCAAUAACCUUUAGGGGAAAAAAAAAAAAAAAAACCGCAAACAUCAUUCUGCAAGUUUCCUUUUUUUUUAAGUUUUUUCCUUUCUUGGCAUUCUUGCCGGUUUUUCCUUCCCUUUUUUUUUCUUUUUUUUUUAAGCUGCAACUUUUGUUCAUGUGGCAGGUUUCUCAACUCCGACAAGCGCUGGGUCCGCUCGCCGAUCUUGAGGACAAGUUUUGCACGGAGGAAUGCCUCCGACGAUAUCUCCGAGCGAGAAAUUGGCACGUGAGGAAAGCCGAAAAAAUGCUGAGAGGCACACUCCUGUGGAGAGCUGAGUACGAGCCGGAGAGGAUUCGAUGGAAAGAAGUCAAGAAGGCCGCGGAAACAGGGAAGGUGUACAGGAGCAAGAUGCUGGACAAGCAAGGGCGCCCCGUCCUCGUUAUGAGGCCAGCAAAUGAGAAUAGCAACGACGAUGAGAACAACAUAAGGUUGUUAGUGUGGUCAAUGGAAAAUGCCAUUUAUUCAUUACCGGCCGGCCAGGAACAAAUGGUUUGGCUCAUCGACUUCCACAAGUUGUCGCAGAAGAACAGCAGCCCUAUCAAGACACAACUAGAAGUCCUGUCCAUACUUCAGAACCACUAUCCAGAGCGCUUAGCAAUGGCAGUUCUCUACAAUCCCCCAAAGAUUUUUCAGACCGUCUGGAAGAUCCUUUCGCCGUUUAUUGACCCGAAGACGUAUAAAAAGGUGCAAUUCAUUAAUCCGAAGAGUUUGGAGAGUGUGAGAUUGAUGCGGGAGAUGUUUAACAUGCAUGAGCUGGAAGCGGCUUUCGGCGGAUUUAGCAGUGAGGUGUAUAAUCCCGAAGAGUAUUCUGCAAGGAUGUUGGAAGAUGAGGCUGGGAUGGCCGCAUUUUGGGGGAUCGAGCAUGACCGAGAGAAGGAAAACACACUCUCAAGGCGUUUAUCAGAAGAGCCGAUGUACUGGAAGAGUCGGCAGAGGACCACGGGUUCCACCGGAGGAGGACCCUCGGACAACAGUACGCCACUGGGCAAAAAGUGGGAAAACCAGUACGAAACGGAUACCGGAAUUGACACCGGAAUAGAUACGGGAAUCGACACAAGCCCUGAUCGAGCAUCAUUGCCUGAUGCGUCUGACGACGAUACGAUGAUGAGACGUCCGCAGUUAAAUCAGGGGGAUUGGCCUGCACAUAUGGAAGACGCGGAAGACUUGCCAGUACCUAGGGUGGGGGAUACGACGCCGGCGGAGGGUUCUCCUGUACAUGACAAAGACGUAGCGCAGUCUUCUGCAAAUGUGGCGAGGAUGAAUGCUGAGGAAGGAGUAAACAAAGACAAACAUGCCGAAGAGGAUGAAGACGACAAAAAGAAGAUAGACGUGGAAGACCGCAAAGCGGUCGUAGAGAAGAUAGAUGGGACGCCACCGGAGAGCUCCAUACCUGACCAGGAAGAGGAAAGGAGAUGGUAAAAAAAAAAAAAAAAAAAAAAAAAGAUUAAGGGUGUAAGUUAUUCUGCUAGUCCUGAACUGGACUGUCCAUGUUCCUGAUGUCCCAUUGCAUUAGCGAAGCAGCAUUUUUAUUUUAUUUUUUUCUUCCAGGAAUAACCAUAGGAAUUGCAGGAAUGACCGUAGGACCAAGACCAUGGACCAUGGACUUGGUGUGCUAGCAAGAUAAGAUCAUUUUUUUUUCUUUUUUUUUUUCCAUUAUCCGGAAGAAGAAGUGUCAAAAUCAACUUUCAAUUUCUGUAUACUCCUAAAGCAAAAGAAAAUAACGGGUCACGCGUGACCGUCCCACGUCAGAGAUGCCUCUGGAGCUGUUGGGAAAAUCGCUGUAGGCCCAACGCAGUGGUGACCUUUUUUUCCAUUUUGGCACAACGUUUUGCUGCUUCAGCGGGUCCGACUCUUUUUUUUGGGUGUUGUGGGCCCAAAGCAGUGGUGACCCUUUUUUUUCCCUUUGUGCUGCUUAUGCGUGUCGGCCUCUUUUUCUUGGUGCUUUUCCAGUUCCUUCGCGCGACCCCUCUUUCCUUGUGGUUCCUAUGUGUCGUAUCGUUCCAUGUUCUAGUCGAAGAUUCAUUCCCACUUUGCAUAUUUGCUAAUCGACGGAUGACAAACAAAAAAAACUGUCGCAGAUGAGAUUGCCAUGCGCCAAACUGGGCACGGGGGACAGAGGUGUUUGGUGUGGCGGACGAGCGUCAUGCGAAUGCGGGUGGGCGAUGGGCCGAAUCUCUCUCUCUCUCUCUCUCUCUCUCUCUCUCUCUCUCUCUCUCUCUCUCUCUCAGACGAGGGGAGGAGGAGGGGUGUGUGUGUGUGUGUGUGUGUGUGUGUGUGNGAGAGAGAGAGAGAGAGAGAGAGAGAGAGAGAGAGAGAGAGAGAGAGAGAGAGAGAGAGAGAGAGAGAGAGAGAGAGAGGUGGCAAAGGAGGAUGCGCAAGAGGAGGAGGACAUGGUGGAGCGGGUGGCUGAAAAAGGAUGUGCGAGAUGAGGAGGAGAUGGUAAAGCAGGAGGGGGAGGAGGAGGGGGAGGAGGAGGAGGAGGAGGUGGUGUUAGAUGAUGACGGGAGGAGGAGAGAGAGAGAGAGAGAGAGAGAGAGAGAGAGAGAGAGAGAGAGAGAGAGAGAGAGAGAGAGAGAGAGAGAGAGAGAAGAUGGCAAUGCAUGCACACAUGUCUGUCAACAGUUCAUGGGUAUACCUUUCAGCAACGUGGGCUUGGCAUGAGCGAGAGGACGACAAGGACAUGGCGAAGGGGAGGAGGGGCAGGAGAACACAGCAGAAGAGGAGGAGGUAGCGAAGGAGGAGGUGCUGUCCGCCGCGGGCACAGCUGGGGCAGGCAUCCACUUGUUAAAAAAAAAAAAAGGAUAGCGUGUUGGUCGUCUGAUCUUGCUGGCUUAGCAGAUCUUUAGUCCAAAGACUCCAAACAGAGAGGCUCGUUAACAUUUUGGUGUAGUGUAGUAGUUGUAGAAACGGUGUACAUGAAGUUGAGGAUGAACAGUGAAUAUCAGCAACAGCUGCAGUACCAUAUAAUGAUGAGGUGAUGAUCAGUAUUCAUUCUCCCCCACCUUCCUUCUACACUCUCCCAAGGGCAUCCCUCCAUUUCCUUCCUCCCCCCUGCCCCCCCCUGCCCCCCCCCCCCCCCCCCCCUGGCCUCCUUCCAACCCUCCCUGAGAUUUUCACCAUUUGCCUCCACACCAAGCAUUAGAUGCAAUUGGACAGGGGAACGGCCCUAAGAGAUGCUUUCCCCUUGGAGUGAGAUGGAUGGGAUCAGAACCUAUAGCUGUUACUCUAGGUCGUGGACCCAUGGUAACUUGACACUAGCAUUGCAAAUGUCAUGGUAACUUGAGACUAGCUGUUACUGUAUUGUCAUGGUAACUUGACACUAGCUGUUACUUUAGGUCAUGGUAACUUGACACUAGCUGUUACUCUUGGUCAUGGUAACUUGACACUAGCUGUUACUCUAGGUCAUGGUAACUUGACA